UUUUCUCAGUCCAACGUGGUUUCUUCUGAGAGACUGCUUCACAUUUUCUACAUUUGUUUGUUGUAUGAGAAACUGAUCAGAGUGAUGAAUGCGGACCAGGAAAGGCCGUUUGUGUGCACCGCCCCUGGCUGUUCUCAGCGGUUUCCCACAGAAGACCAUUUGAUGAUCCACCGACACAAACAUGAGAUGACCCUCAAGUUCCCUGCCAUAAAGAACGACAACAUGUUAUCAGACCAGACCCCCACACCGACACGCUUCCUGAAGAACUGUGAGGAGGUGGGGCUCUUCAGUGACCUGGACUGCUCCAUUGAACAGGAGUUCUGCAAGGCUCAGGAAGAGGAGGACAGUAAACAGAACAUCACGCUGCACAGCCAGGCCCCGCACAACCAGCCCCCGCACAACCAGCCCCCACACCAGCCGCCCCACUCACGGAUGGGCAACCACGACACCAGCAUCGUCAUCCAGCAGGCCCUGCCCUCGCCACAGUCUAGCUCCGUCAUCACUCAGGCACCCUCCACAAACAGGCAGAUUGGGCCUGUGCCCGGGUCGCUGUCUUCACUGCUGCACCUUCGGAACAGACAGAGACAGCCUCUGCCCGCCUCCAUGCCCGGAACCCUGCCAGAUCCCACCAUGCCUGGCUCCUCAGUGCUCAUGCCAAUGGAGAGACAGAUGUCUAUGGGUUCCAAUAUGAUGGGCAUGCACGGGCCGGCCCACAGCAGCUCCUGCUCCACUCACAUUCCCGCUAUGCACUCAGAGACCAAAAUGAGGCUGAAAGCUGCACUUUCUCAGCACCCUGGAGCCAUCGCCAACGGCAACAUGAACUCUAUGGGUCACAUGAUGGAGAUGAUGACCUCGCGACAGGAGCAGGGUCACCACCACAUGCACUCCCACCCACACCCGCACCUGCAAGCUCCACCCCACGCCUACCAGCACCACGGACACCAUCACCACAGCCCCGGAGCGCAUCAUCACCAAGGACACGCCCCCCACCACAACUCCCACAACCCCCAUCUGCACCCGGGACACCCGCACCAGAGCUCUCCCCACGCACCUAUGCACUCCUCACAGAUGUCCCCGGCCACGCAGCAGAUGCAGCCCACACAGACACUGCAGUCACCUCCUCCAGGCAGCGGACGUCGCCGGCGAGUCGUGGACGAAGACCCAGAUGAACGACGCCGCAAGUUUUUAGAACGCAACAGGGCCGCGGCGACCAGGUGCCGACAGAAGAGAAAAGUGUGGGUCAUGUCUUUAGAGAAAAAAGCAGAGGAGCUGACACAGACCAACAUGCAACUGCAGAAUGAAGUGACACUCCUAAAGAACGAGGUCACUCAGCUCAAGCAGCUGCUCCUCACACAUAAGGACUGCCCCAUCACCACCAUGCAGAAGGAGUCCCAAGGUUACCUCAGUCCAGAGUCCAGUCCCGCGGGCAGUCCGGCCCCAGUGUGCGCUCAGCAGCAAGUCAUCCAGCACAACACCAUCACCACCUCCACCACGGCUGUAGGGGGCAGCGGUGUGCACGGACAGGCCAAUCAUCGCACAGACAUUAACCCUAUUCACUAGAGAACAGAGAGACUGACCAGCCCCUGUGCUCUGGCCCUUCCCUCAUGACGACAAACCUCAGCUCUUUAUACAGUAGCUUCAUGUGUAUUUUUAUAAACAGACCUUACUAAUGCAAUGCUUAAAUGUUCUAUGGUCUGUUUAACCAGCUUUUGCUCAAAGUCAGUUUAGCUAAUCCCAUACAGCCUUUAAAAGACUUUCAGCUCUUUGUGGUACAGAAUGGACCGAUGCGUCAUUCAUAAAGAAAUGGACACUACCCUUAGACUGCCCCCACAGCAGCCCCCCAGGUCAGACUGUGUCACAGAGACUCUAUCAGCUCUAUGUAGUGUUCAUAUGAAACAUAGAGCUGCCCGAGGGGACAUGGAUGUGACUGUUACCCACAGUGGUAUUCUAAAAGAGUGCUACAAAUGUAUAUGAUCAAAUUGAAGCAAUACAUCUCAGUAUUGAUCGUCCGACACUUAUUCUGUUUGUAAAGUAUCUCCUCGCUGUGAUUGAUAUGGCCAAGCCAUAUGCAGCGCUGUUGUAGCUUUAGAACUGUACACUGUGACACCAGUGAGGCAGCUUGGGGUUCACACUCCACUCUCCAGGACCAAUCGAAGCUUUUAAUAUAGUGGCUCUUUCUCUUUAUGCAUUUAGAUCCAGUGUUCGGAUCGUCUUUCCUAAUGACUAUAAGUGUAUCCUCUUGUUUUGUUUUGUUUGUGAACGCAUGUGUUUUUCUGCCUCAGAACAAAGUUCAGCUCGUAGAGUGUGGAUGGGCAUGUUUAUCAGAGGAGCAUUUUGUAUCUGUGCUUGUGUCACAAUGUGCCUGAAGCCUUUUACAUGAGCGUGGGCAGUGUGUUGCCACUCUUAUCAUUUCUUCAGAACAAUCAAUGUUUCUUCUCAAGGUAAUUAUGAGAAGAGCGUCUGUGACUGGACUGCUGCAUGUAAGACCAAAAAUCAGCCUAGAAGGAAGCGCGAUACUGCUCUGGAUAUGACCUUUGAACUCUCCAUCAGUGCUUUCUCUCAGGCAUCUCAUGUGUUUCAAAAUGCCAAUGGAAUAGACUGAACUAGACUUGAGCUUCUCCAUCUCCCUGCCUUGAAACAUAAUGCCUUCUCAUGUACUUUUUCCCGAUGACCAGGAAUGUUGCUUAAUGAGCAUGACCAUUAUGCACUGUGUUUUACAGAUGGGUGGAUGAGAUACAUUCCACUAACAGGUGGAGCGGGCGCAGAGCUGUCUAUGCACUUUGCCCUCUGUCUCACAGAGGCUCAAAUAGCCAUAUUAAGGUCCAAGUAAUUCUCAGUGACUGCCCGUUUCUACACACCAGCGAAGUGUUUGGCUUUAUGAUAUUAUAUCUGUCCAAACAAAGGUGAGCUUAUCAUCAGAGGCCCAAAAUAACUGUUAAGUUUGUACCCCCAUUAAAACUCAAGAGCUCCAUGUAUGAAGGAAGCUAACUGCGGCAUUGGACUGUUUUUCUCUGAUCUGACCUCUUCAGUCUGUGUGGAGUGAUGGGUCUCAGAGAUAGAGAAGUGCAUUCUCUCAAAAAGGGCUUUGUCAUACCAAGCAUUUUGAUAUGAAGCUUGCCUUAUAUUUGGUUGUAGUUUUUAAAACAUAUCUAGUUUCAUAGAUCAUUCCAAAUUAACCUUUUUGCAUGUGAAAAUGUUGUAUUGACCUCAAGUUCAACUGGAAACAGUAGUUUCAUUGUAACAGUGUACUGCAUUAGCAGUUGAAAAUUCAAAGUGUGUGUGCAAUUAUUUGAGGGGAGAUGAUCUCCAAAGCAUUAAUGAUAUUAGAAUUGUAUUAUUUUUAAAUAUUAAACUAUAUAUAGUGUACAUAAUAUUCCUUUACGUAAUCCUGUACAUUUAAUGCAACCACCUUUCUUCAUGAGAGGAGUAAAUGAGUGGUACAUAUGUGUAAAAUACAGUUACGUUUGCACUUGUUGCCUUCUGUCCUUCGUCGAGGCUUAUUUCACUGCUUACAUACGUUUAAUGUAAUGAACUGGUAAUUCCAUUGUCUGCAUCUUUUAUACAUGUGUCUGUCAUGGUCUAAAGUUGUUUACAUUUGUACAGAUGGAAAAGCAUCACUGCAGUUACAUUACGGUAUGAACAAUAAAGCACUUGUUCUGUAACAAUC